AAAGCGGCGAAGAUUGAGAACAUCCUUGGUGAUUUCAAAGGGCUGAGCACGAUUGCAAACGCAGGGGCAGCCAAGAAAAAAGAGAACAUCGCCAAGGUGGUAGUUUCUUCUGGAAACGUCAAGGAGUCGAAAGAGGACGUGGCUGAAAUUUUUGCGUCUUUCUACGAGGCGCUCUACGCGGGGGCGGCGGAUCAGCUGCAUCUUGGCGAGACACCAGGCGAGACUGCACCGGAUUUCACGAUGCCUGAGCUGACGGCUGCCAUCCGGUCCAUGAAAAACGGCAAUCGCAGGGACUCGUCCGGCAUCGUUGCGGAGAUGUUGAAGAACAGCAGCCAGAGUCUGCGGGAAAGAUUGGGCGACUGGGUUGCGACGCAGACGAACAGGAAAUUGAGAUUCGCCUUCAACACAGAUUCCUGCACGCUGGGAAAACGGAACACGCGGCUGCUGCACUGG